AUGACAGAAACUCAGCAAAAAACAAAGUGUAUUACGCUGAAAGGAUCUGCAGAGCUGGUUAAAGAAUAUCUUCUUUAUGGCGUUAAUAGUAUUUUGUACCAAAGAGGCAUUUAUCCGCCAGAAACGUUUGAACAAGCCGAACAUUUUGGUUUAUUUGUUUUAAUGUCAACGGAUGAAAAGAUCAAAGCAUUCUUGGAUACUGUCCUUGGCCAGAUUCAAGAAUGGCUUAUUCAACGAAAAGUACAAAAGAUAACGCUUGUUAUAACGAAUGUGAAUACCAAAGAAGUUUUAGAAAAGUGGGAUUUCAAAGUGGAUUAUGAUGGUCAAACAUCUAAUGCCAAUAAUGAUAAUGUAAAUAAUGGUCUUCCUGAAGUGGGUACAAAAGAUGUGAAGAUUAUACAGAAAGAGAUACGCGAAGUCAUACGUCAGAUCACAGGUACAGUAAGCUUCCUUCCAUUGUUGGAUUGUAUUUGCUCGUUUGACAUUUUGACUUAUACUGUUCCUGACUGUGGUAUUCCUAGAGAAUGGAAUGAAACGCAACCAGUGUUUAUCGCAAACAGUCAGGAAGUACAGUUAAGAUCAUUUUCAACUUCUAUCCAUAAGAUGGAAACUAUAGUUAGUUAUAAGAAUAUUUAG